AUGAAUAAGGCACGGAAUAGAUCGAAAGUUUUAGAAUCCAUAGCUCUACGUAAUAAGAUAGCCAAAAAUAUAGAAGACAUCAAAGAAGAUAUAGUAUCGCUUAAAAAGGCUCUGGAAAAAAUGAUCGGUAUAUGCCAAGCAGAUGAUUAUAGUUCAUGCCUAGAAUUGG